AUGUCAACCUCUCCCUAUCCAACUCCUCCUCAGACCGAUAUUCACAGCCAGACACUGUCCGCUCAUACGUCGGCGAUGGGUGGGCUUGAUCUGCUGGGCUGCCUUCCGAGCCAGCAGCUCCCCAUCUGUGCACCAGGACAUUCUCUCCUUCCGUCCGCAAUCAGCUGGUCAACCGACCCCAGCGCUGCGCAUUGCUAUUCCAAUCCAUCUCCAAACCUGGGUGAAUACCAGGGUUUAGGAAUCUAUGAAAGCUUCAACACAAUUGCGACGACGAAUUCACCUUUCAUUGCUCCUAACACCCAUGCGACCAUUCCUAAUGCCUUCCUCAGCCCUCCUUCUCUACCUCGAAAACCAACCCACGUUAUGUAUCAACGUACACCGAUACUGGAAGACAUGGGCCUACAUUACCAGUCGAUCCCGGCGACCAGGCAAUCUACAACACCAAGUAAGAAGGUGAAGAUCAGCCAUGAUGGUGAAGCAAGCCAGAUCAAUGUUCAGAGGACUUCUAUCCAAGAAGAUCCUUUGCCAUACCAAUACGAAACAUACUCGGACCCUGCGGAGUGCAAUGAGGAUCCGACCACCACAUUACUCGAAUUGGACAACAACAUCAAGAGGCCUGUGCCUGAUAACAGGAUUACGGGGGAGCCCCGCCGUUUGCAGAACGAGGCGACGAACACCGCCCAAGCCAGCUGUCCAACUGCUGUUUCAACUAGCAGGAAAAGGAAGCAGGCGCGGAAGGCUAGAACCGCGAAGAAAGGCAAAUUUGAAUGCCCGAAAUGCGGCAUGCAGUUUACGAGAAAUUCCAAUUGCAAGUCGCAUAUGAAGAUACACGACCCGGAUCGAAAAUACCCCCAUAAGUGCACUUUUGGACAGUGUACGAAGCAGUUUAGUCGCAAGACUGACCUGACUCGACAUGUCGAUAGUGUGCAUGAAAAGCUCCGUAGAUUUGGCUGCUCUGAGUGCGGACAUCGUUUUGCGCGACAAGAUACGCUACGACGACAUUGUGAAGAUGGAUGCAGGAAACAACAGCGUCAGGCCCAGCGCGCUGCUGCGGCAGCUGCAGCUGUAACGUCUGUUUCAUCCGCGCUGUCCUACCAUGUUACUCCAGUCUCAUACCAGCAACCUGCAUCGCCCUCUCCAUGCCGAGAGCUAAAUUCAGAACACCAUCAACAUCCCCAUUCCCACCAACCGCAGAUCAGCAACGCCCUUAUGCGAUCAGCGUUAUUUGACAAUGCACACAAUGCUUUUUCACAAUAUACAUGA